AUGGACCAUUUCCCGGGAACCUGGGGCCGCCCCAGAAACGAUGUCUACGGAGCUUACGAUCCUUCAUACCUUCAAACAACCGGCCCAAAGACACAUACUUCAUCGCCAGCGGUGACUGGAACGUCAGUCAUUGGUGUGAAAUUUAACGGCGGUGUCGUCCUGGCUACAGACAACUUAGCAUCCUACGGAUCCCUGGCUCGCUUUACCGAUGUAAAGCGUCUACGUGUAUUCGGCGAGAAGGCCGUAGUCGGCUUCGGUGGAGAUGUAUCCGACAUGCAAUACAUCGACCGUCUCCUUGAAUCCAUCGAUAUCAGAGAAAACUACUCAUCCCACGGAAACAUGCUUAAUGCCAAAAACCUGCACACCUACCUCGCCAAGGUGUUCUAUAAGCGCCGCUCCGAGUUCAACCCUCUGUGGAACCAUGUUCUCGUCGCAGGCUUUGACGCGGAGGGCAAGCCCUUCCUCAGCUCAGCAGACCUUCUGGGUACAACUUUCUCCGCUCCUCACCUUGCCACUGGAUUUGGUGCCCAUCUUGCUGUUCCUAUUCUGCGACGACUGUUCCCCGAAGAGACUCCCAUUGAAAACAUCAGUCGAGAGCAGGCUGUCUCAGCUUUGAAAGAUUGCUUGAAGGUUCUGUUCUACCGUGAUGCACGCAGUAUCGACAAAUACUCCAUAGCAGUGGUUACUCAGGAGGGCAUUGAGCUGAAGGAGGAUGAGCAGAUCGAAGGACAGAGCUGGGCGUUCGCAGAGAGAAUUAAGGGUUAUGGUGCCCAGACAAACUAA